AUGGCAGAUUCUUCUGCAACAUACAUACACUUGGUGCACCACCUGAUAGAAACGUGCCUGAUCUUCCACAUGACUAAAGAGGAGUGCAUGGAAGCCCUAUCUAAACAUGCAAACAUCAAACCUGUCAUUACCUCCACUGUAUGGAAUGAGUUAGCUAAAGAGAACAAGGAAUUCUUCGAGGCUUAUGCACAAUCAAUAAACAAACAAGAUGCAAUGUCUGAGGAAGAGACAAGCCAACUGAUCCGAAGCAUGAUACGGGAGUCCUCCAAGCAUUCUGAUGAUAAUUAA